UAAUAUAAUAUAAAAUUCAUAUUUUUUAUUAAACAUUUUAGAUUUGAAUCGUAAUACAAAACUUAUUUGAUUCCCACCCUUUUUAAGGCAACCAUUUUUUCAAUUGUAUUCCUGCUUCGCCAUCUCAUUUUCGUUCUGCCCUCCAUUAUUCAAGGGUUACGCUCAGAAUUUCAGUGAUACUGAUUAGAUUUCAACUCACUAGCUCCUAAUUUUCUUGUUCUGUUAUGGGGAAAAAACGUUGCGUCUAGUAUAUUUCAGGAAGAAAAAAGGUCUGUCAGAACUUCAAUAGGCUUGGUCCAAGAGCCGAGACGGAAUUCGAAGGCGGCAAUCGCUUCCGGCGGAGGCAUUGUUCAAAACCCUUCGGCGGUGGCGCUAUGGGAUACUGGAACUUCCGCCAUGCCUGAGUCUUCUCCGUUAGAAUGCAUAACUUCAAGCUACUCCGAAACUUUCUCUUAGUAUCCUCGAAGAACAUCGAUUGCAACAGUUCCAGCCUCGCUGCAACCCUGCAUAAACUGCUUCUGCCGUCUCUUUCCUUUGCCGCUUCCUGUGAUAGGCGAGGAUUCUAUCACUACGCUUCGGGGCAAUUAUCAGGCGAUGAGAACGUGUGCGAUAAUGAGAACGAUAAGUUUCCGCUUCGAAACCAAGGCCUUGAUAUUCACAAGCAAGGCAAGCGCCUUGUGCUUCCUGUUCAAGGUGCGGUGUUAGGUGACAAAUGCGAAGAGAGAUUUGUUAUUGGUGACGAAAACAAGAGCAAAUUCACAAACGUUGGCAGCUCCCCAGAGAGCUCACGAAAUAUCUUGCUAAUGACAGCAGGGCAUUCCUAUCCAACUUACAAUACCAAGCAACUCGAGACAAAUGAGUUAAGGCCACUGGUAGAAUUUAACGAUGUGCAAUUUGUCGACAAGCUUAAGCAAAAUAAGCAGCUUGCAGAGAGGGAUGCUGCUGCAGAGGCUCCUAUCUGGUUGACAUACACCUCUGACAAUAAUGUGGACCAAGCGAGAAUUGUCGCUAUCCUAUUGACGAACUGUACUAAUUUAUUAGAAUUGUAUCAAAUUCAUGCCCAUGUUUUAAGAACCAACAUAUUGGAAAACAACCCUUCUUCAUUUUUCUGGAACACCAUUAUUAGAUCAUACACUAAGCUCGAGGCCCCAAGAAAAGCCCUCUCUGUAUAUAUCGCCAUGUUGCGGGCAGGUGUUUUGCCUGAUUUUUACACACUUCCAAUUGUGUUUAAGGCUCUAUCUCUAGCUUAUGCUUUUGGUUUAGGUAUACAAUUACAUUCAAUUGCAAUACGGCUUGGUCUUGAGUUCCACCAAUAUAGCGAAAGUGGCCUCAUCAGUCUGUACUCGAAGGUGGGAGAUCUUGAGUGUGCACGUAAGGUAUUUGAGCAAAAUCAUCACAGGAAGUUGGGUUCUUGGAAUGCCAUUAUAGCUGGUUUAUCUCAAGGCGGGCGUGCUAAAGAGGCAGUUGAUAUGUUCAUUAAGUUAAGGCAAAGUGGGCUCGAACCAGAUGAUGUUACAAUUGUUAGUGUAACAUCAGCUUGUGGUAGUCUAGGUGACCUAGAACUGUCUCUCCAAAUGCACAAAUUUGUGUUCCAAGUUAAAGUCGCUGGAAAAUCAGACAUUUUGAUGUUAAAUUCCCUGAUAGACAUGUAUGGUAAAUGUGGUAGGAUGGAUUUGGCAAUGAAAGUGUUUUCAAACAUGGAUCAUAGAAAUGUAUCAUCCUGGACCUCACUGAUUGUAGGUUAUGCAAUGCAUGGACAGGUGAAACAAGCACUCGAGAACUUCCAAUUCAUGAGAGAAGCAGGAGUCCCUCCUAAUCACGUUACGUUUGUCGGGGUGUUAAGCGCAUGUGUACACGGUGGGAUGAUCAACGAGGGGAAACAUUACUUCGAUAUGAUGAAAAACGUUUAUGGUUUCAAGCCCCAACUGCCACAUUAUGGAUGCAUGGUUGAUUUGCUAGGUAAAGCAGGGUUGCUCGAAGAGGCGAGAAAGAUGAUCGAAGAGAUGCCGAUGAAGGCGAACUCGGUAAUAUGGGGAUGUUUGAUUGGAGGUUGUGAGAAACAUGGGAAUGUGGAGAUGGGGGAGUGGGCCGCAAAGCAUUUACAAGAAUUGGAGCCUUGGAAUGAUGGUGUUUAUGUGGUUUUGUCCAAUAUUUAUGCCAGCAAUGGCUUGUGGAAAGAGGUGCAAAAGGUGAGAGAGGUUAUGAAACAGAGGCAACUUGCUAAAGUUCCUGGAUAUAGCUUGCCUACAAGAUUAGAUUGAAUUCUUCUGUUACAUCUUUGUGAUAAUUCUUCUCUGUUUCUCAUAAUCAUUCUCUCUAAAUUAAUUCUUUCACAAUUCUCUUUGUAUAUAAUUCAAUUGCCUUACCGUAUAAUUUACUCCUUGAACUUUAGAUUUAUGUUUA